CGGGCAGGCUGAAUUAUGGGGGAGGGAAUGGGGUUGACUGGGCAGGAGGUGACUGGAGAGCAGCCGACUGCAGAGACAGACGGAGAGACACACCUGAGAGGAUCUCACACAGCCAGAGGAGCCCUCCAGCACCACAGACACUCACACAGACCGGCCAUCAUGUCCGCCGCUGGAGCUCCCGAGUACGACCCUGAUGCAGAAUUUGUGUAUGACUACCAGACUCUUCGUAUUGGAGGUCUGACCUUUGUUGCUGUCAUCAUGAUCCUGUCUGUUCUCCUGCUGGCCAGCAACAAAAUCCGCCAGUGUGGAAAGCCCCGGGUGAGUGUCCUGAUAUCAGACAAUGGAAUACAAAGAUGAGAUACAGGCUACAUCUUGAAUGAGAGGCAGUCCACAUCCCUCUGUCAUUGGUCAAGAAAUGAACAUGUGGGAUUGUUGAUACCACAGUGACCCAUUGAGCAAGUUGCUCUCGGGGAAAGCAGUUAUGAAGCAGUAUUUAAGUGACAUCUGCUGGUUUGCAUUUUGAGACAUAGAGUAAGAGGUCUGGAAGACUUACUUGACUGAAGCACUCCUAUAAGGCCGUUAAUGAAUGCCAUCCAUCUCACUCGGUUUGGGACAAGUUUUUCCAGGUCAACACCAGUUGUGGCAGCUCUAAAUACUUUCUGCCUGAACACUUCCAAGUGUUUCUUGGGUACUGGAAGAAUGCAAGAUUAUUCAUGACGGAUGAAUGAUGGCCCAUAAUGUACAUAGUUUUAAUGAAUCAGUUGUAUUACUAGACGUAAUAGUACGAGUAAUUCAGGCUCUCAUUCACAUUCAUACCAAAAUCUAUUAGUUCAAUUCUCGACUAUGUUACAUCUAUCUACUACACCCGAAGGGAGGAAUAUAUAAAUGGCAUUGUAACGGUCACUAUUUUACAUGUCACAAUUUUUUAACAAGAGAAUAUUCUGUGAAUUCGAUUGUUAAUGUCCUGCCCUUCUGCUAUGUGUG